CUUUGUUACAGAAAAAAAAAGAAAGGGAUAUGAACUUUGUCAAUAAGCGAUAUCAAAUUUUAAUCACCAUACAAAGGUACCCUCAAUCGUUUCUCAAGUUAUCCUCAAAUUUUCUUGAAUCUUAAGCAAUUUCGUAGAGAGAAAAGAAAAAUUAUAACCACAGUCCUCCAGUUAUCAUGUAUACAUCUUCGAUAUCAUCCAACGCAAAAGUGGAUGUGUUCAUAAAUUUCGGAGGAGAAGUUCGUGGGGGAUUUCUAAGCCAUCUGAGGCAUGCGCUUGCUCGACAAAGCAUAAAAUGUUUUAUAGACGACGAAGAGACGGAGAGGACGGAGACAAGGAAGCAUGUUCCAGCCAAGGUCCUUCAUGCUAUCUCGGAGUCUAAAGUAGCAGUGGUUGUGUUAUCUGAGAACUAUGCCUCCUCUUCCUGGUGUUUAAACGAGCUGGUGGAGAUUAUGAAGGCAAAAUCGAUGAUGGUUCCGGUCUACUACGAGGUGGAUAUAUCGGAUGUCCAAUAUCUGAAAGGCAGUUUCGGGGAGGAUGUAAGGAGGCAUGGUCAAUCAGAGAAUUUGGAGACCAUGAAGAAGUGGGAAGCGUGCUUGACCAAAUUAACCGACACCAAACCAAAUUUUUCUUCUAAAUCUUCUUCGGAGGAUGAGGCGAAGCUGGUUCGAGAUAUUACACGUCACGUUUCUGGUUUGUUGUCAGAAUCUCGUCCCCACAAGGAGUUGCUUCGGGGUAAAGCGUGCGAGUCUACUAGUAGGAUGACUUCUUGGAGUCGACGAGUCUCUAUAUCUGGGAAAUCCAACAGCCUCAUCGCAAUGGAUCGCCAAACAGACUCAAUAUAUGAAAUAUUGAAGUUAAAAUCUACUAGCGAAGUUCGUGUGAUUGGUAUUACAGGUGUGGCAGGAAUUGGCAAAACGACUAUUGCAAGGCAUCUUUACAAGAAACUAUCUUUGGCUUUCGAAGAUCCGUGUUUUUUCGAAGAUGAAAGUUCAGGAGCUGGGAUUAGCAAAUCAAGUAGAGAAGAUUAUAUCGACCAGAAAUUAUCCGCAGCUUGUCACCAGAAUCAUUAUUCUCUUGAAACCUCGAGGAACUUGCAUGAUCAAGGCCACGACCUUUCUGCACAGGAAGAGCUACUUUCUCCAGAAAGUCUUAAGCGAAAAGCAACUGAGACACUGCGUUGCAACUUCGGCUCUGGCGAUAGCAAAAGGACAAAGAUUGGCCACAACCAAACUCUUAUCAUAGUUGAUGACAUAGGGAUCGAGGAAUUAGAGAAGGUCAUGGAGGGUGUGAAUCGUCUCUGUCCAGGAAGUAGAGUUAUAGUAACCACAGAAGACAAGAGUUUGCUCUUAUCACGUGGAGUUGAACAUGUCUACGAAAUGGACUGUCUAAAAUACGACGAAGCUCUUGAGCUCUUCAGUGAAUGCGCUUUCCAGAAGCAGUAUCCUCCAGCAAAUUUCGAGCAGCUCUCGGUCCUUGCAGUCGAACUAACCGGCUGUCUUCCUUUGGGCCUUAAAUUACUUGGCUCUUUUCUACGUGACAAAACUCAAAAGGAAUGGGAAUGUGAAAUCCAGAGGGUCCAGGCAAGACAAGAAGUAGAUUGUGUUAAACUACCAAAGCUUAAAGCACAAGGCAGACCCAAAGAGGGUAAGGAAUGCAGAGGCUCGAAACCACAACAGAAAGAAAAGAUAAAAGCCAUUGCCAAAAUAUUUAUUUCGAAGCUCAAUGAACAACGUAAGCACAGCCAGGAAGGCAUACCGCAUGCUGGCCGAGCAAAGAAGAGUGCGAAUCUCUGAGUUCAGAGGCUCGAAACAAAAAAAACAUACGCCACUGAUUGAAGAUUAUCCCACAAGGCAUACCACAUCACCAGGACUUGUUUCUAUUGUAUAUAUUGUUUGUAUGAUAUCAUGUAAAGCUCAAAUAGGUAAACUCAUUACCGUUUUAUGUAUGUUAAACAGCUCCAUGCUUUUUCAAGAAUAUAUAAGUAAACUUGUUAUUUCGUUCAAAA